CAGAAGCUAAUGGAGACUCAAGCUCUGGACCCAGGGACUCCGGAAGCCUUUGGUGCCACCAGCCCUAACAAGGGGGCCCUGUCUAAGACCAAGAAGAGCUUCAAAGACUUGAUGUCUAAGGUGACAGAGGGACAGUUCGUGCUAUGCAGGUGGACAGAUGGGCUAUAUUACCUUGGCAAGAUCAAGCGGGUCAGCAGUCCUAAGCAAAGCUGCCUUGUGACUUUUGAAGAUAAUUCCAAAUACUGGGUCCUGUGGAAGGACAUCCAGCAUGCUGGUGUUCCGGGAGAGGAGCCCAAGUGUGACGUCUGCAUGGGGAAGACUUCAGGGCCUAUGAACGAGAUCCUCAUCUGUGGGAAGUGUGGCCUGGGUUACCACCAACAGUGCCACAUCCCCAUCGCAGUCGAUGCCAACUGGCCCCUCCUCACUCAUUGGUUCUGCCGACGCUGCAUUUUCGCACUAGCUGUGAGGAAAGGUGGCGCUUUGAAGAAAGGCGCCAUCGCCAAGACGCUGCAGGCGGUGAAAAUGGUGCUGUCCUACCAGCCGGAGGAACUCGAUUGGGACUCGCCCCAUCGCACCAACCAGCAGCAAUGCUACUGCUACUGCGGCGGACCUGGAGAGUGGUACCUUCGGAUGCUACAGUGCUACCGGUGUAGGCAGUGGUUCCAUGAGGCGUGCACACAGUGCCUUAGUGAGCCUAUGGUGUUUGGAGACCGCUUCUACCUGUUCUUCUGCUCCGUGUGUAACCAAGGCCCAGAGUAUAUUGAAAGGCUGCCCUUGCGAUGGGUGGAUAUAGUUCACCUGGCCCUCUAUAACUUGGGAGUACAGAGCAAGAAGCGGUACUUCGACUUUGAGGAGAUCCUGGCCUUUGUCAACCAUCACUGGGAGCUCCUGCAGCUUGGCAAGCUCACCAGCACCCCCAUGACAGAAAGAGGGCCACACCUCCUCAACGCGCUCAACAGUUACAAGAGCCGGUUCCUGUGUGGCAAGGAAAUUAAGAAGAAGAAAUGCAUCUUCCGACUGCGCAUCCGAGUCCCACCCGCCCCUCCAGGAAAACUGCUUCCCGACAGGGCGUUGAUGCCAAGUGACAAAGGGACCUCCGAGCUGCUUCAUAAGAAAGGAAAGAGCAAGCCUGGUUUGUUGCCUCAGGAACCCCAGCAGCAGAAAAGGCGAGUUUAUAGAAGAAAAAGAUCAAAGUUUUUGCUGGAAGAUGCUAUUCCCAGUAGUGACUUCACCUCAGCCUGGAGCACAGACCACCACCUAGCCAGUAUAUUCGACUUCACACUGGAUGAAAUUCAGAGUUUAAAAAGUGGCAGCUCAGGCCAGACCUUCUUCUCAGAUGUGGAUUCUACCGAUGCGGCCAGCACCUCGGGGUCUGCCUCCACCAGCCUCUCCUACGACUCCAGAUGGACGGUCGGCAGCCGCAAGAGGAAGCUGACAGCCAAAGUGCACAGGCCCCUGCGAGCAAAGCUAAGGGCGGCGGAGCUGGAGGGGCGUUGCACCUCAGACAGCAAUGCAGAGGGAGCUGUGGGCCCUGAGCAGCCGGAUGAAGGCAUCGACAGCCACACACUUGAAAGCAUCAGUGGAGACGACUCGUCCCUGUCCCACCUCAAGUCCUCUAUCACCAACUACUUUGGUGCAGCCGGGCGGUUGGCCUGCGGGGAAAAGUAUCGGGUGUUGGCGCGGAGGGUCACUCUAGAAGGCAAGGUUCAGUACCUGUUGGAAUGGGAGGGGACCACCCCUUACUGAUUACCCUCAGAGGCUGCCCAGAUCCCUGCAAACCAAAGGAGGGGCAGAAGAGGCCACUGGGUCCCUGUUUUCACCAGGCUUGGGGUGGUGGUGGUGAAACAGGACAUCCUGCCUGUGGCCCCUGCCUGCUGCCUGCCAGGCCAAGGCCUGUGUGCUGCUGUACCUGAGUCUCUGAGACCCCAUUGGUGUUCUCUCGUCAAUACUACACUCCAUACCCCUCAAACGUUUUAUUGGAUCCUCUGACAUUACCCUGGCUGCAACCCCUGGAUCUGUUUUUUGUUGUCCCCAAUUCUCCAUCUUCUGCCCUCUACCCUCUCACCCCUUUCGGGUGUUUUGUGUGGACACACAUCUUCCACGGUCGUACACCCAUCUGUCCCUCACUGGGCAUGCUUCACUGGGUCCUCACUGGGACCACAGUGAGGGGACAGAACCUUGGGGGUCUUCUGCUUUCUCACUAGUACCACUCACCCCAGGAAGGUAGGGGAUGCCUGAGAAAGUUUAGGAUGCCUGGGACCCAGAGUCUAGGGAGUGAUGAGCUGGGUCUCUGCGGAAGGGACAGGAAUCAGGGUCCUUUAUUGAGGAGGGGAGACUAAGGGAGUCAGGCAGGGCCAAGGUUUCCAGAAGUUUGCCUGUCCCAGCAACAACCCUUUACUCUUGUCAGUACUGGGACCUGGCCUUGCUGCAUAGACAUGUCUGAAACACACAGAUCUGGGAGGAAAGGAUGGGGAAGAAGACCAAGCCAGAUUAAAUCCCAUCCCAAACACUGUGUGUACAGCCACCACAUACUCCUGCCAGGGCCCCCUGGCCCCUGUCCUUGGCCUCUUCCAGGGAUACAUGCUGCAGUUAAAUGUGAGAAUCAAACCCCUGCCUCCUCUGACCUGUGAAGCAACCUUGGCCCCACAGAGAAGCACAAAAUAUACCCCUCUCCUGCAUGGCUCCUGCCUUGCCCUGGAGCUGACAAUCACUUUGGGAACAGGUUUGGAGUUUACAAGGGCCUGAAUCAUUGGUUCCCUUCAGAAAGGAAGGCUUUGUCAUCAAUGGUACAAAUAGAAUUCUUAGAAUGGUCAAGCUUAGCCAUGUCUGGGGAGAAACCAAAACCAGGAGGUGGGCAGGGAGCCCUUACUUUGCCUGUAGAAACAGAAACUGACUCACUCAGUAGGAGAAAUGGAAAGAACUGCCUUUGGAGUGGGAGGCAAGGGCAGCAGACUGAGACCAGCCUCCCUGACUGCUGCUGUAGCUUCCAGCUGGGGGUGGGAAGAUGGACCACAUGGUGACAUCAGAUUAUACCAAAGGUGCUGGUAUUCCCAUGACUAGGUCUGACCCCUUCACACCUUCCCGUGAGCAUUAAGGAGGGUCCCUGAGGUAGGUUAGAUGUCCCCUGCCUUAAACCUCAGCCACCAUAGUGCCUUGCAAAGAAACCUCGCCUCUCAUAGACACAGCUACCCACUUCCCUCUGCCUUCCUGUCUGGGCUCAGGCAGGGAUAAGCAGAUGGACACCGGGCCCAGUUGUCAGUCCCACAGCUGCCACCACUGAGGUCCCCAAGUGGGGCCUGGUGGAAGGAGAGUUGGGAAGCCAACUCCCAGGCCAGCAGGCAUGUGGGAACUGGGGUCAAAUUUGUGGCUUCCUGUUGGCUUCAGUGAGCAUGGCAACCUCCAACACAUGUUUUCCAGGCCACUGGGGAAGCCAGAGUUAGGAUGGCUAUCUGUACAUCUGCCCCUCCUCUGCUCUGCCCCAGAAGCUCUGGGCCUGAGGAGCAGGAAGGCAGGAGGGGUGCCUGUCGGGGAUCCUAGCACAAGGCCUGACCAGGUCCCUGGACUUCCCACGGCAGCAUUUCACUCCUACAAAAUAAUAGCUGCAUUACUGCCAACUGACAGUAUAACCCUGUGCACCUUUGAAA